GUUCACAGAAAGCUGCUGUGAUUCGAGAACGAACGUAGCGAUAAUAAAAAAUCGAAUAACAAAUAGUAAAUAAAUGAAUCGUCUCUUAAAAAUUAUUAUAAAAAAACUUUAUUUUUAGUCUCGAAAUAAUGAAAUGUAUUUUUAUUUGAUUAAUUAAAAAUAAAUUGAAAUUUUUAUUAAAAAUAAUAAGUGAUUUAUAAACAUGGCGAGUGCAUUGGCUUUGUUGCAAGGCAUAGGACAAAAAGUUCGUGGAAAGGAACACAAUGACUGUAGAACUCUUCAAGUAAAUGUGCCGGCUCCCGUAAACGUUGAUAUUGGAUUCAACGAUAUCACAAUGGAAGUGUCGACGGGAUUGUUGACGAAAAAAAAAAAAAACAUCUUAACGAAUGUCUCCGGCCACUUCAAAUCGGGACAGUUAACGGCCAUUAUGGGUCCUUCUGGUGCCGGUAAAACAACCCUUUUGAACGCACUAACAGGAUUCUCUGUGGCAGGAGUAAAAGGUAAAAUUCGUGCUGGCGAUAGCAUAUGUGAGUUGGGGAACGAAAAGUCGCAAGAUCUGAAGGAGUAUCGGAAGAAAUCUUGCUACAUACUUCAGGAUGACCGAUUAAACCCACUAUUUACAGUCGGGGAACUCAUGAAAUUCGCUGCAGACUUGAAACUUGGAAAUUGUUUAACGCCUAAGUUAAAGAAUUCGGUUAUAUGUGAUGUACUCGAGACAUUAGGUUUAACGGGUACAGAGAACACAAGAUGUUGCAAUCUGUCAGGUGGACAGAGAAAACGGUUGUCCAUUGCCGUUGAACUCAUCGACAACCCUCCUGUGAUCUUCUUGGAUGAGCCAACUACCGGGCUGGAUAGUUUGACAUCAGCACAUUGCAUGAAGAUGCUUAAAGAACUUGCUCUGUCGGGAAGGACAGUCGUCUUCACAAUACAUCAGCCGCCCGCAUCAUUAUACAAAAUGUUUGAUCAGGUGUACAUCUUGGCCGAGGGUAGAUGUAUCUACGAUGGUCCAAGCGAAGACACCGUCCCAUACUUAGCAUCACUAGGCCUGCAGUGCCCUAAGUAUCAUAACCCAGCCGACUAUAUAUUGGAGAUAGCUAAUGGGGAAUAUGGAAAAUUCAAUGACUUCUUAGCGGCCAAAAUCUAUAAUCAUCACUACUUCGAUGAAAAGCCAUUCAUUGAAUCUCCGAAAGUGACUCCAAAUUUUUCAUGCGGCAAAUUAACAGUUGUCAUCAACAAUCCCCCAGAAUUAUACAAAUUUAAUGUACUUUUUAAGCGAUGCCUCAUUCAACAGUAUAGAGAUUGGACCGUAACACAUCUAAAGAUACUAUUACAUAUAGCUCUGGGAAUAUUGAUGGGCUUAUUCUAUCAGUACAUGGGCAAUGAUGCAUCGAAGACCUUUAGCAACCUUGGCUAUCUCAUUAUCUCUGCCUCUUAUCUCUGCUACACUUCUAUUAUGCCUGGCGUGCUUAAAUUUCCAGACGAGUUGCCCGUUUUAAAGAAAGAAAGUUUUAAUAACUGGUAUAAACUCAGGACUUAUUAUGCUGCUUCAUUAGUUACCAGUAUACCUUUACAGAUUUCAUUUAGUAUAGUGUACUCAGCACCUUCGUAUGUACUAUCCGGUCAGCCGACAGAACUAUGGCGCUUCGGCAUGUUUGUAUUAGUUCUCGCCAACGUCACGCUCCUGGCUGAUGCCAUAGGGAAUCUUAUAGGCACAUGUGUAAAAGCCAUCAACGGGACAUUUUUUGGUGCUAUCACGUCAUGUGCUAUGAUCGUCUUCGCGGGCUUUCUGGUGUUGACGUCACACAUGUCACCCGUUAUGCAGUACCUAUCUUUCCUCUCGUUCUUAAAGUACGUGUAUGAGGCUCUUGCUCUCUCGAUCUACGCAUAUAAUAGAGCGCCCCUUGAGUGCCCAGAGAGCCAACUGUAUUGUCAUAUGAGGCUUAAGUUUAUUCUAGUCCUACUGAUGUUAACCAGAAGUGCAUUGACCGAUGUUUCGUACUAUGAAAUAUUAGGGGUAACCAAAGUUGCAUCAACGCAAGAGAUAAAACAGGCAUACAAAAAGCUGGCUGUUAAAUUACAUCCUGAUAAAAAUUCCGACAAAGGUGAUCAGAAGAAAUUCCUUGAAAUCACAGAGGCUUAUGAAACCUUAAAGGACCCUCAGAAAAGGCAUAAAUAUGAUUUAUAUGGAUCACAGCAAACAUAUACCAGGAAAUAUGAUUACCAUUCACAAAGUGAAUACAACGAUUUGUAUUUCAAUGGACUAUAUCAUGAGGAUCCUUUUGUCAAAACAUUAUCGGCUGAUGGAUUCUAUUCAUAUUUGGGUGAAGGAUUAAGCUUCAUAAAUUUUUAUUCUCCUUUCUGUCCUCCGUGCCAAAAUUUAGCUAAACACUGGAAAGAAUUGGCAAAAGUUUAUGAGAGAAUUGUAAAUGUAGGAGCUGUAAACUGCAAGUAUUAUAAUUCAUUUUGCUAUAAUAACAUGAGGAUUGGUAGUUACCCUACACUUCUAUUUUAUCCUAAUGGUAAGACUGGAAAUUAUCUUCGUUACAAUGGUGCCCACACAUUUGAUGCUUUGGAAGAUUUCAUAAUAAAGUUUGUACGGAGUAGAGUACAUGUGCCCAUAAUAAAUCAAGUUGUGAGCAAUGAUAAGCCUAUAUUAUAUGUUUUGAAUGAAGAUAGUGUAGGCAAAAAUGCGAUUUUGAGAAUUGCUUACCAUCUUAAUGGUCUUGCCAGUGUGGUCAUAGCUGAAAAUAUUCGGUCACGUUUAAGCAACAACCCUGAAACGGUCAUCGUGUUCAAAUACAAUAAGAAUCAUAAAGAAAUAACGAGCAUUGAUGAAAAGGAAAUUAUUAAAGAAGUUGUUGAAAUGCUUCCGGAAAUAGAAACAAUUGGACUGAGAACUUUACAGAAAAUUAGAAACGAUCUUCGCAAUGGACAUUACACUCCGUGGGUUUUAUAUUUCACUACACACGGUGAUGACAAAUUACUCCUACAUCAAAUGAGAAUGUCGCUACCUGAAAUGAACUUUGGCGUGUUGGAGUGCGGUGCGCUGGAGGAGCUGUGCCGCUCGCUGCAGUGGGCGGGCGCGGCGGGCUGGGCGCUGCUGAAGGCGGGCGGCGCGUUCCAGCGCGUGCAGGGCGCCGCGCCCGCCGCGCUGCGCCGCGCCGCCGCCGCGCGCGCGCUGCACUCGCUGUCCGCCGCCGAGCUGCGCCGCGUGCUCGCCGCGGAAAUGGGCACUUGGGUAUUAUUGAUAGCGCCGUAUCAAGUCCCGUGGGAACACUUGGAGGAACCAUUCACUCAGGCCAGCUUUGAAUUGUUGGAUUCAGGAAUUAGCUUCGGCAUAAUGUCCUGCACUUCUACAACAGAUGUGUACUGUCGUGAAUUGGCACAAGAUGAACCCGGGAUUUUCGUACAGAACGGUACCAACAGAUAUAGAUAUGUCGGAGAUUCGAACAAAGAUGAAAUCAUAGAGUUCAUAGAACUUCUCAUACAAACUUCUGAUAUGGAGGUGUCGGCGCAGACGGCGCAGUCGCUGGAGCGCGCGGCGGGCGGGCGGCGCGCGUGGCUGUGCGCGCUGCUGCCGGCGCGCUGCGGGCGCGCCUGCGACCGCAUACGUCACGAGUGGAGGCUCAUCGCUAAACGGUUACGACCGUUGGAUUACGUGAAAGUUGGGAUAAUCGACUGUGACACACUGGAGCUGCCCGUGUGUCAGAUAAUUCGCAGCCCCGUCGCUAAAGUCUACCCGCUUGAAGCGAACAGUCACGUUAACACAAUAAGCUUGCAACAAAGCACGCAAGCGCCGUACAUCCUGGACUGGGCGCUAGAUCACAUAUACGACAAAAUGAGCAAAUUUGACUGGCAGUCAUUCGCGAAGAACGUUAUAGCUGAAGAAUUGUAUCCUAGCAGAACCAAGAAGCCAUGGCUAAUAUAUUUCCAUUCGCCAAGAUGUUAUCACUGCUAUGUGAUGUAUCCUGACUUUGUUAUCGCUGCAUAUCACCUUGAGAGCAGCUUACAAUUCGGCAAAGUGAACUGCAUUACUGAGAGAAAUAUCUGCCAAUACGAACACAUCCAGAGCUAUCCGACAAUCAAACUGUACUUAAGCCACGAUCACCAAAGAACUACUAGCGUCGUUACCUUCCAACCGAAGGACUACGCUCGCCUCAUAGAAGAUAUUAAACCCCACAUGGCGAGGUACAAUGACAUUCCGGAUAUAAAUAAUAUAGAAAUCAAAAGUCAUAUCAAUUUUAAAGAUGAACUCUAAUACAUAUUAUAAAUAGAUAAGAUACGUAAUAAUAGAAAUUUUUCGAGAAACAUCUUCUCAAAUUUUAAACAUGGAACAUAUAAAAAUGGAAGCUGUUUUUUUUUUAAUGUACAAACUCAUGGCAAACGUAACAAUGUAUAAGGUCAGUUUUUUAGAAUUGAGUAAUUUUUAUGAUUAAGACUAGAAAAUAUAUACAUAUGUAUGGUAUGAGUAUGGUAUGGUACGAGUUAUUGAGUAAUGCUAUGUGAUAUACGGUUAUUACUCUAAAAUACAUCACAACAUAAGUACUAAGUGAUUUAAAUUAUUAUAAUUUAUUUAAUGUUCCUCAGAAUCUUCUAAGAUCUAAUAUUACAAAUACUUUAAUGUGCUUAUACAGGGUGACUAGUGAAUUACUAACAAUAUUUAAGUACGUGAUAUAUGACGAUCAUAUAUGACAAAAAA